CUGUGGGAAAAAUAUUUCUCAGUUUAUGGAUUCCCAGCCCGGAUACACUCAGAUCAGGGACGAGAUUUUGAGAGUCACCUUCUGAAGGAGGUACUGAGGAUAGCAGGUAUUAAAAAGUCGAGGACAACGCCUUACCACCCACAAGGUGACCCUCAGCCAGAGAGGUUCAACCGAACCCUGUUGGAUAUGUUAGGGACUUUGCGGCCAGAGCAGAAGGCAACCUGGAGCCAACAUGUUGCAUUUCUGGUGCACGCCUACAAUGCCACAAAGAACGAUGCUACGGGGGUCACCCCAUAUCUCUUGAUGUUUGGGCGAGAACCAAGACUACCCAUAGAUUUGUGCUUUGGUGUAUCAGAGGAUGGCGAUAGCUAUGAAACCCAUCAGCAAUAUGUAUCCCGACUACGAGAAAAGCUACGGGAUGCUUAUCACUUAGCUACAUCUGCAGCUCGGAAGAACGCAGACCGCAACAAACAGCGAUAUGAUGCUAGGGUGCGUCUGCAAGAGCUCCAGCCAGGGGACAGAGUCCUGCUGCGAAAUUUGGGUAUUGCUGGCAAGCACAAGAUAGCUGACAGAUGGAAGGCAAUACCUUACUUAGUGAUGGAAAAGCUAGGAGACCUGCCGGUCUACAAGAUCAAACCUGAAGAGGGUCCAGGGCAGACCAAAACCGUGCACAGAAACCUUUUGCUUCCUGUGGGAGAAUUGGUAGGCAGCCCUUAUGAGAUGGGCCACAACAGGGCAACUGGGCAGAACGAAGGUGCUGUACCAAAGCCGCCUUCCAACGUGGACAGCCGGCCUCCUGCAGCUAACCUACCCCUACUCAGCACAUCUGACAGUGAGUCUGAGGAGGAAGACACAACCAUGGUGUAUCCUGGGAUGAAGACAAGAUUUCAGUCUCGAUCCGCUGAAUCAGAAGAGAGCACAUCCUCUUCCGCCCUAAACCCUAUGGCAGAAGUAUUUAGGCCCAUUCCUGACAUCCCUGAGCCACUGGUGGGACCCCCGUGUAGUGACUUACACAGACUAUUGGACAGUGGUGACAUACAGAUGGAGGAUGUCCAGAGCACCUGCGACCCUCCACUGUUAGAACUAGAAAUGCAGGGGCCUAUGCCAGUAUCUGAGGGGAACUCACAGGAAACCUCCCCAUCCGUCACUCAAGAGGAUGUCCCCUCUACCAUAGCAACAGAGAUUCUCAAUAGGCGAGACAGGGUAAUAAGACCAGUGAAACGAUUAACUUACGAUGCACCUGGGGUGAUUAGUGAGGAGCCUAUACAUUUAGCACACAGGUUUGUGAAAGCUAAAGUGGGCUAUCUAAUGCCUUUUGGAGGGGACCAAUAAGUUGGUAUAGUAGGGAAUGUGAUUUGUCGGGACGACAAAUUCUUGGCUGGGGGGAGGAUGUAAGCAGAGUCAGGAUAAGCUCUACACUGACAUCUGGUGGAAAGAAUUUCAGAGAGUGUAUUUGCAUAGGCACGCCCACCCUAUCCCAGACUCCCAAGCUGUGGGACUGCUUGGUGACAAAUUGCUCACCCUCAGUUGGGUGGUACUGGCUAGACAUGGGACAUGGGUUCCAAAACCCAGAGAUUUGAGAGAGGCUGGGGACAGGUAUCUGUGGCUGGUGGUGCAGUCGCCUUGUGGAGCCAGAAGCACCAGUUGCACCCCCUCCUCUCUCCACUGUGGAAUGUCAGAGUUGAUUUUUUUUUUAUUCCUUUAAGAAUUUAAAUACAGGUUACUGAGCUGAAAUCACUUUGGGCUAAUGGUGCACUAGCACUGGGGCUCCCCUACUAUGAGCUGGAAUCACUAAGAGCUGAAAAUCACUAAAAAGCUAAAAUCACUGAGCUGAGAGCACUGAGUAUGGUGCUAACUAGUGGGGAGCCCAAAGCUAUACUGUGGACCAGAGCUGCUGGCGGAGUGGAGCAGUUUGUGGGGACGGCUGGAGCGGAUCACGGGACAGCUGGUGGCAGCAGAGCGGCUGACAGAGCGGAGUAGCUGUGGGACGGGUGGAGCGGCCCACAGAGCGAGCGGAGCUGAGCAGUUUGCAGAGAGAACUGGAGCAGCUCAUGGAGCAGAGCAGCUGGUGGAGCGGAGCAGUUUCUGAGGACGGCUGGAGGAGCAGCGUGGAGCGACUGGUAAAGCGGAGCAGUUCGUGGAGAAGGCGGAAGCAGAACCCACGGAGAGGCAGGGCAGUUGGCCCCGGACCACGUAAGGUGCCCCUUUCUAUCCAGGCUGGGGGGGAGGGACCUCUACAGAUAAACUCUCGAACUCUGGGGUGGCAUUGACCAGAGACUUUUGGGUUGUUGGACUUUGAGGUGAUUGGACUUAAAACCCUAAGGGGAAAAAGGACAGUGCCAAACGUACUUGGAGGUGGGUUUUUGUUUAUGGUUUGUGUUAUAACCCUGUUUGUGGUGUUUCUCCAAUGGGAUGCCGCAUUAAUUCCUUCCUUUAUUAAAAAGAUUUUGCUACACUCAGACUCCGUGCUUGCGAGAGGGGAAGUAUUGCCUCCUAGAGGCGCCCAGGGGGGUGUGGUAUGUGAGUGUCCCAGGUCACUGGGUGGGGGCUCGAGCCGGUUAUGCAUUGUGUUACUGAAACGGAACCCCUGGAUACUGAACCUGGCCC